CUCCAAAUUCAAAUCCACGCAGCCGCACGCUGGCGGCGAGCGCGAGGGGCGGAGCCUGCCCGGCGUGAGCGGGCGACGCGCGGUGUGAUUGCCCGGGAGAAAAGCAAGGCGCUCCAGUUCCGGGUCGGGCCCGCAGCCGCUUCCCUCGGCCUCUGCCAUGGCGAGCAGUAGCGGCUCCGGGGCGGCGGGGGCGGCCGCGGCGGCGAAUCUGAACGCAGUGAGGGAGACCAUGGACGUUCUGCUUGAGAUUUCAAGAAUUUUGAAUACUGGCUUAGAUAUGGAAACACUGUCUAUAUGUGUGCGGCUUUGUGAACAAGGAAUUAAUCCAGAAGCUUUAUCAUCGGUUAUUAAGGAGCUUCGCAAGGCUACUGAAGCACUAAAGACUGCUGAAAACAUGACAAGCUGACUUUGUGGAGAAGUCCUGAUGAGAUGUGUCAAGCUCUGCAAGAGGAUUUGAGGAUUGCAUUGUAGUCAAGAAUGAACAGUGAAAUUAUUGCAUGCAGCAGUGUAGGAAAGUUUCCCUUUUUUAAAGAGUUAUAAAACUAUGGCUUUAUAAAUCAGUGGAAAGUAGCUUACAGGAAGAACCAUCAGGUGUGUUUACAUCUCAUCUCAUUCACUUUUUUAAACUACCCUAAUGCUUUGGCAUUGCAGUGUUCAUAUUUAUGUAUUCCUUAUUUAUAGCUCUGAUAACUUUAAUUUUCUAAGCAGUCUGUCUAUCAGAUGUGCACAUCUGCUGUGCCUGGUUGAAGUAUAGUGGAACCCAUCAGUAGUGAUGUGUAGUAGUUGACUUGUUGACAUUUCCAUUAUAAACGUUAAUUUUGAAUUGUUUUUGUGUAAUAACUGUGGAUUUAUGUUGUAUUGGGCUGAAAGUUGACAGGAUUUCAGCCACUAUUUGAGAAUUGUGAUUUAAAUUCAUUAUGUAUAUCAGAAUCUUGUUUUUUUUUUUAAAUCAGAGCAUUGAAAACAUUUAUUGUAAUCUGUUCUUUAGUAAUACUUAUUUUUUAAAACAGUUUUUGAGCAGAUAAUAAUGUGAACAAGACCAUUUUUGUAUUGAUUGGAAAAUAAAAUUUUUAGAAAUUUAGAUUUUAAAAAUAAUAUUACUUAGCUUAGUAGUGCUUAUAAUUUGAAUCAUUUAACUCUAAUGAGAAUUUUAGUUAAGAAUAUUUUUCUUUCUAGAUUUUAGACAUAAAUGAAGUUAUCCUAUAAAUUAAGGCCUAAAAAAAAACUGUAUAAAGCAAAACAUAGCCAGCAUGCAAAAUUCCUUUUUACUUUUACUACAUAAGAGUAAUUGGAAUGUUUACCGAAUAGAUCUUGAGUGGUUACUUAAUAAAUCACUAGAUGGGUGAUAUAUUUCAACAGAUAUUUAAUGAUUUCUGAAGAUUAAAGAUUUCUAGUCAUUAAGUAUAAAACUAAUCAAAUGUUCUGCAUCAGGAGUUCUAAGUAUUACAUUCUAAAGUCAUUUUGUGUCGUUAUUUUUACCCUUAAAGUUUCAAGUUUUUUUUGUUUUGUUUUGUUUUUGUUUUUGUUUUUGACAGGCAAAGUGCACAGUGAGAGAGAGAGACAGAGAGAAAGGUCUUCCUUUUGCCAUUGGUUCACCCUCCAAUGGCCGCCGUGGCCUGCGCAUUGCGCUGAUCCAAAGGCAGGAGCCAGGUGCUUCUACUGGUCUCCCAUGCGGGUGUAGGGCCCAAGCACUUGGGCCAUCCUCCACUGCACUCCCGGGCCACAGCAGAGAGCUGGCCUGGAAGAGGGGCAACCGGGACAGAAUCCGGCGCCCGGACUGGGACUAGAACCCGGUGUGCCGGCGCCGGCCUUCCCUUAAAGUUUUAACCAAUGAAAGUGAUAAUUCAAAAGUGAAUUUUAGGAAAUUUAUCAUUGUGUUGGUUCUGUUCCUGUAACAGAAUCUCAGUAGAAGUUUUUGCAAGACUAAUAUGGAGUGAAUCUGAUUCUAUUGUUUCCCAAAUUUUAUAUUUUGUUAAAUACCAUUUAAAUGAUAGUACAAGCAUUCACUGUUACCAUUUUCUGUUGUUCCAACAAGCUGAUAUGGAUUUAAGAAAACUGUAUUUAAAUCGCAACUUUCUCUUAAUGUAAGCCUUUGACCAUUUUAACUUUUUAAAUGCAUAGCACUGAAUGGUCUGUCAUUGACAGAACAGUUUGGGAGACAGUAAGAACUUGUGACAAAUCAUUUGAUUGAUAAUAAACACUGCAAAUAACAACAUGUUCUUAUUUAAAAAAUCAAAGAGAACACUUUUGUCCUACUCAAAAAUUUGUAUAUAUUUCUAGGCUGUAAGAAUUGGUAGUUUUAUUUAUGACUUUGUAGAUUAAGUUAUUUAUGUGUGAAAUAAUAGUGGGAAAAUAUAUUGAGGGAUUAUGUUUACAGAGGACUUCUUUAAUGUGUCACAUUUCUUAAAUGUAAAUGUAUUUUUAAUGCAUACUUAAUAUUUAAGAAACUGAGCAAAAUUAUGAUACAAUUGCAGUGUUGUGCAUGUUGUCAAUGACUAAAAUAAAACCAUUUUGGUGGUGUUGACAUUUA